GUAUUACAUCCUUCAUACAUCUAAAGAGUAUUUACUUUGAUCAGAUUUAUAAAAGACAGGUCAGCUAUACCUAUUCUUUCUGAAUAAACCCGACCCCCUCGAGGCAUACCUCAGGCGGAGUGAGGCACGAGCAAGAUUGUAACUUAUAAAUUUAUGUUAGAAUUUUUUUUCCGAAACAUGUAACCCUGGUGAAGUGCAUUCGGCAUGCAAAUACUCCAUCACACGUCCUGCUUUUUUGUCUAUGUUUAGCAUAAGGAAUACAACAGUGUUAAUGAGUCAGAAUGCAUGAAAUGGCUUUAGACUCCCCUCCUUGAAUGAGACCUAAAUGCGUCUGGCAACCCAAGAGGCAAAGAAUAAACAAUCUCCAAUAUUUUGAAUUUAGACUGCGAUACCAUGUUCUGCCACUAGAGGUCAAUGUUGCAUAAAGCUCAUUUAAACGUGAAGGUUAUGAUGCCUGGACCUAUUUCUGAAUUUAUCUGCACAUGUGUCCAUUCCUAAGAGGCGUGACAAUACAAAGAAAUCUCAUCAUAAACAAUUCAUCAUAAGCCAACAAUAUAAGCUAGAGUAAUACAGAAGUAGAAAAAGCAGAGAAUGUGACAUGCUUUGUUUUUAUGCAAAAACAUUAUGAUCAGAAAGCAGGUGUAGGUUUGCAUGUGAAAGCAAUUCUCCGUGUUAACCACUCCUACCUUCACCUAAAGUGAAACCAUACAUUCUGUUUAGACCAGAUGUAGGAUCUAUUUGCUUUAUGUCUUUCCAUUUCUAGUUUCUUGACUGUUAUUGGGCGCUGCAUGUGUCUGUAAAAUGGCAGAAGCGAGUGUCUCUUUGGCUCAAGAUCAGUUCAUCUGUUCAAUCUGUUUGUAUCUACUGAAGGAUCCAGUGACCAUUCCCUGUGGACACAGUUACUGUAUGAGCUGUAUUACAGACUACUGGGAUCAGGAUGAUCAGGACUACAGGUGCCCUCAGUGCAGACAGACCUUCACUACAAGACCUGUUUUAGGUAAAAACAUCAUGCUGGCUGAAGUGGUGGAGAAACUGAAAACUAAACUACAAACUGAUCGUUCUGAACACUUUUAUUUUGAAUCUGGAGAUGUGGAGUGUGAUGUCUGUACUGAGAGAAAACACAAAGCUGUCAAGUCCUGUCUGGUGUGUCUGAACUCUUACUGUCAAAAUCAUCUUGAACAACAUGAGAAUUUAUUCAAAGACAAGAAGCACAACCUGAUAGAUGCCACUGGACGACUUCAGGAGAUGAUCUGCCCUCAACAUGAGAAACUGCUUGAGAUUUACUGUAAAACUGAUUGGCAGUAUAUAUGUUAUCUGUGUAUGAUGGGUAAACAUAAAAAUCACCAAACUGUAUUAGCUGAAGAAGAGAGGACUGAGAAACAGAAACAACUAAAGGAGACACAGAAAAAAUACCAGCAGAGAAUCGAGGAGAGUCAGAAGAAGCUUCAGGAGCUGAGAGAUGUUGUGGAGACUCAUAAGCGCUCUGCACAGACAGCAGUGGACGACACUGAGAGGAUCUUUACUCAACUGAUCCAAACCAUUGAGAGAAGACGAUCUGAGGUCACACAGCUGAUCAGAGAUCAGGAAAAGACUGCAGUGAGUGAAGCUGAAGGACUCUUGAAGCGACUGGAGCAGGAGAUUGAUGAUCUGAAGAGGAGAGACGCUGAGCUGGAGCAGCUUUCACACAUUGAUGAUCACAUCCAUUUCCUCCAGAGUUUCAAAUCUCCACCUGUCCCUCCUGGAUCUACAAACUCUGAGAGGACGGUCAAUUCUCUUCUCUGUUUUGAUGAAUCUGUGUCUCAUCUGAGAGAGAAACUGGAGAAUUUCUGCAGAGAAGAGAUUGAAAUAAUAUCUGAUCGAGUAAUAAACAUUUCAAUCAUUGAGCUCCAAAUCAGGCAGGAGAUCCUUAAAUAUUCUUGUCAGCUCACACUGGACUUAAACACAGCACAUAAACAUCUCCGUCUGUCUGGUGGGAAAAGAGUGAUUUCUUACACUCGCAGUGUCCAGCCGUAUCCUGAUCAUCCAGACAGAUUUGAUUACUGCCUACAGGUGUUGUGUAGUGAGAGUGUGAGUGGACGCUGUUACUGGGAGGUUGAAUGGUGUGGUGCGGUGUAUAUAUCAGUGUCAUAUAAGAGCAUCAACAGAAAGGGAUGGGGUCAUGACUGUGUGUUUGGACGUAAUGAUCAAUCAUGGAGUUUGAUCUUCUCCGACUCUAUUUGUUCAUUCUUUCACAAUAACAUUGAGACUAAACUCCCAGUAGUGUCCAGAUCUUCUAGAAUAGGAGUUUAUGUGGAUCACAGUGCAGGAUCUCUGUUUUUCUACAGCGUCUCUGACACAAUGACCCUCAUCCACAGAGUCAACACCACAUUCACUAAACCCCUCUAUCCUGGGUUUGGGUUGGUUAGUACUACGAUACAAUCAAAAGUAAAACUGUGUAAAUGAAGUCUCUAUAGCUGGUUUGUGAUGAAUCAGUGAGAGUGGGAUGUUAUGGUGAAGUAACAUGAGAGAUUUUAUUACUCUGAAAUCGGUGAUUGAUCAGAUGAAUCAAUGCUUGUAAAGUAAAAGUGGGAAAACUAUAAAAUAACGUAAAUUGACAACAAUGGCAAAAAUAAUAUAUUCAUAAUGUUACCCAAGUAAAAGUAACUUAUUUGUUUAAUGUAAUAAAACAUUUGAAAACAAAACCGAUAGGCCUAUUAUGGUGUUUUAUUCUCGCGAAAUCCAGACUUAGAAGGUGUCCAGCAUCAGAAUUUUUAAAAAGCCCUUGAAGCCAAUUUUUUUUGCACAUAUAAGAUUAAGGUCGGAACUUACUAUAUCAUUAUUUUUAGAGGAUUUAAAACAUAUUUCCUAUAGAAUUAUUUAAAUUUUUUAGAUUAUCAUUAUCAAAAAUGAUCAUUACCGCAACAUGAUAUUACAUUAAAUAUAUGCAUUUACAAACUGAUGUUUCGGUAAUGAGAACUAAAAAGUUGUUUAGGUACUAUGACAAACAAAAUUUCAACUUUUAUCUGGAGAGAAAAAAUAAGAACUGCUUACCUGGUAGCCAUCUUGAGUGUCACAGUCAAUUAUGUCCCUUCCAACUAAUUUUUUUUAAAUGUUAGUUUCUUGAGGGCUUAAACAAUGAUUGAAAAUUGGUCUUGGACACAUUUAUAUUCCUUAUUAUUGUCUCUACAUUUACCAAUGAUAACCAAAUACCACAUGUUUCUUUACUGUUUAUAGUUUAACAUGCAAUGAAGCUUUUUACUUUUUUUGAUUUUUUAAUUAUAAAUAUUUCCAUGUCAAAGAACCCAAAUCCAGUUAUGGACACGUUGCGGU